AUGGCAGAGUCGUCGCGAGAAUCACAACAUUCCCUUCUCGGGGAGGAAGAUGUUGGUACUGCGACCCAUCAUCACUCGUGGUCUUCUGUCAGUAGCUCUUCAUAUAUAUCUAUCCCUUCCCACGAAAGGAACCUCAGCUUCUCAGAAGAGGUUUUUCGAGAGGUCGGAUUGGGUAUAUCCAACUCAGCUGAUGAUGAUACCUUGCCUUUGUGUGGGAAAAGCGAGUCAGUACAAAGUACGAGCCAAGCUACGGUAACUCCAAGUCUCUCCACAACGCCCAGUAUCUUGAAAUCAGCCCAGGAAACACCAGUAUUCUCACAGCAACAUACACCGAGCUUUCAGACCCCCAACUGCCCUAGCCGAUCGACAGUCUUGCAGAAAAGGUUCUCAUGGAUCUCCGUUACCAUCUUUUUUCUCGCAAUCUGGUCUACCGUAUUGUCGGGAGUUUAUCUGGCUGUUGCGAUUAGAAAGCCGCGAUGGACUACUAUCGGCGUAUCCCUGUCGCUGUCUACCGUGAACCUACUCUGCGCCUUCUUCGCCAAGACAAUCGAACUGUCCUAUGUUACCAUUUGCGUCGCUUUUUUAGGCCAAGCGCUCAGUCGUCGAGCCCUGAUGAAGGAAUCUCGCGGAAUCAGCAUUGCUGAUAUGAGUAUGAGAGCAUGGAUUAUGCAGCCUGGGUCGAUGAUUGUGCAUUGGGAGACAUUGCGAUACUCGGCGCUGUCAUUUUUGGGUGCGAUUGCGUUGAUCGCAACAAUUGUGGCGAUGCUGUACACUACAGCCGCAGAGGCUCUAGUGUCGCCAAAGCUUUCACUGGGUCCAGUUGAGUCUACGAUUCUCUGGGGAAAAGUGUAUACCAGCUUCGGCAAUCCGUUUUAUCUCCAAAAGAACUGUCAAACCCCAAUUCAGCUAUCAAUGGAUCCCGAUUCUCGGAAUCAGACGUGUCUCGAGAUGGAGCACGUAGGCUCGUCUUAUCACAACUACCAGCAGUGGAUCGCGACAUGGGCCGAUCUAGUUAAUAGUGGAAAUAACAUGUCGGAUCAGCUUCGCUUGAGGCCGCAGCCUAGUGGUUCCCUCUGGGAUAACACAACGAUAACAGGUUCCUGGAUCGAAAUUCAAAAUAUGACCGAGCAAUCUGACAAUUACGGCCGCAUGGUCAACAAUAUCACCAUGGCUUUCCCGCACGGUGGUAUUCCCAUUGCAGCCAUGGAUUCCAAAAACGAGAUUCGCCAGCCCCAGGAUGCCUCCGGCGAAGGCAAGUACAACAUCGAGGCUUCAGUGCCCUCACCAGCUGUUAACGUCCUCUGCGUUGGCAUGUCAAAAUCAGACUUAGACCCGCUGGUCUAUUCUUCUUGGCCGAAUGCCAACUUCAACGCAACAACUUGGAGCGAGGAUCCUCCAGACGACAUUCCCCCAAUGCCGUCGUGGCUCAACCGCACAAAUGUAGAUUCGAUCUUUGGCUUCGGCGAGAAGUACGGACAGAGACCUCCAGUCUUUGGCACAUUCCCCGAAGCAAACAACACCAUCCUUAACACAACAGGUGUCUCACCCGCAAACGCAAUCUACCUUAUCGGCAAACCAAGUGUCUCCAAUCCAGAAUACGUAAUGUGUGCAAUUCGCGCCAAACUAACAGGCGUCUGCUCAACCAAAUACGACGCCGCCUCAUCAGGGGCAUCCCUCUCGACAAACUGCGAAAACGUAACAAACAAGCUCCAAUACGACUUGAAUGAGGCAAACUUCAUCGAAGGCUGGUGGGCCUCGGACUGGAAAAACGUGGCAGCAGACUGGGGCAUCGCCCUAAGUCUAGGCUCGGGAAUAACAACCUCCCAAGCCAGCAACGACCGCCUCCUAAUGCAAAUGAUGCCAGCCCACAACAACGCCACAGACACCUACUCCCUAGACCCGUACCUCCCCUCAGUCGCCGAAGCCCUCGCCGUAAUGGCAGGCAGCACUCUAAUCCUAAGCACAUUGAACUCCCCCUUCGUCCAGGGCUGGAACUACUCAGAAGCAGAUGGAUCAGAUUGUGACAUGCUAUCCACCCCGACAUACCAGCACUUCACGGCCUCGCUGCAGGCAAUGUCGUAUUCAUCCGGCGGCACGCAGCGCUGGCAGGGUGUUUUCUACGUGGUGCUAUCCUUCGCGUUCCUGACCAGUGCCAUCUGUCUAGGUUUCAUAAUCAUCGAAGCGCGCGGUCAUCAGGUUACUGAUUUCACUGAGCCGCAGAAUUUGUUCUCACUUGCUAUGAACAGUCCGCAUAGUUCUAAGCUUGAGGGUGCGUGCGGGUGUGGUCCGCUGGGCCACCAGCUUAAAGAACGGUGGUAUAUCGGCAUGGAAGAGGAUCAUGCUCAUUAUUAUAUCCGGGCUAAAGCUGAUCGGGCAAGGUUGGAGAGUAAGUCUCCCGAGCCUGCUGGUGACCCUGCCAGUGGCUCUGGGUAUGAACGGUUGAAUAUGCUGGAUAUCGAUGAUUCUAGCACUUUGAAGACAGUUAGUCCGGCUGUCAAAGAGUUCAGGAGGGUUUCGGCGAGCAAGACUCUUUUGGCCAAGUUUUACUAG